UUUUUCUGUCGUCAUCGUGACGUCACAAUGCUUAUUGUGACGUCAUUCAUUAAGUAUCGUAGUAAAGGAAAGACGCAAAGUUGAUAACAGAGUAAAAUUCACAAAGUAAACCCGCAGCAUGGGCUGUACGCAUUGUUCAAAGUUCUUCUACAGCGAAGAACAGGUCCAGAAUGCGAACAGCACAUGCCGGGGCAAAAGAAGAAGGCAAUCGCCUGGUGUAAUUAGGAGAAUUUUCAGUCGAAAAAGAAACAGAGUCCAGCCAUCCCAGUCCGAGACCUCCAGUGAAGCAUCCACCACACGAGGUCCACCCAGUGGCGCCAGCACCCCGGUGGUGCCAAAUUAUGAUAUAUUUUGCACGGAUCGAACCUCAAGAAAAUCAAAAUCUUCAUGCAGCAGCACCCUAGAGCAAGCGAUCGAACAAGCAACCGCAAUCACCGAAACUUUCACAGAGAAAACACGCCCAGAGUUUGAAGAAGAGGAGAAGACCAGUGGCACGUACAAACCAGCUGAAGUCCCAGAGGAAGCCCCAGAAGUCCCAGAUGAAGCCCAAGAAGAAAUCCCAGAUAAAGCCAAAGAAGAAGCCCCAGAAGAAGAUUUGUACAAGAGCAGCUAUGAGAGCCAGGAAACCCAGGAAAGCCAAGAAACUGAAGAGAGAGAAGAGUCAGCCCCUGCGGUUCGCUACCAGAUCACCUUUCACAUUCCCCUCUGCCAAUGUACCGGAUGUAGAACCGGCGAGGAACCGGAGACCGAGUCUGAGGCCGAUGUUGAGUCGGAGAAUGAGCAGGAACUUGAGCCCCGCAGACUCGAGCGCAAGAAAACUGCCUGCAAGAGGACAACUCGCCAUUUCAAGUCCAGCUUCCCAUGCGUUCUGGGUCGUAGGCCACAGAAGAAGCCAGCCCUGUCCAAGACAGAGAGACUGAGGAUCCGCUCCUUGGAAAUGGCAUAUAGGAGCCCUAGCCCCGGAUGGUACCGACUGUACUGUUCAAGAUCCAGGUCUGGCGUCGACGUCAAGAAGACUUGGUCAGAGCGCCAUCUCCUCCGCCGCAACCCCGCACCAAACAACGUUGAUAGCAGGCCCAUAGAAACCCUUGUGCAGUUCUAUAAAGCCAAGGUAGAUGCUGAAGAUGAUGAGGAAGAUAGCGACAGCGGCGAUAGCACCAGUAACCCAGACAGCAACAGGGGACGCAACAUGACCAGAAGAAGCACGGCUAAGCUCAUCUCAGCUAGCAGCUUUGCAAAAAUCAGCAACGCCAGAGACAGCAUGGCUGGAGGAAGCAGUGCCGAAAUCACCAUGGCUGAUUUGACAGGAAGCAGCACUGCUAGUUGCAGCUUGGCAGAUAGGAGCAUGGCUGGAAGCAGCACUGCCACAAGCAGCAGGACCAGAGGCAGCAUUCUAAGAAACAACAUGGCUGGAAGCAGCAGUCCUGGAAGCAGCUUGGCUGCACUGGCUGGUAGCAGCACUGCUAGAAGCAGCAUGGCUGGAAGCAGCAUUGCCACAAGUAGCAGGACCAGAGGCAGCAUUCCCCGAAGCAACAUGGCUGGAAGCAGCACUACUAGAUGCAGCAUGGCAGAUAGCAGCAUAGCUGGAAGCAGCCCUGCCACAAGUAGCAUGGCCGGAAGCAGCACAGCAAGUGGCACUGUGAGAAUAUUAGUCAGCACUGCUAGCAGCUCAGCCAGCAACACUGCAAGCAGCCUGACCAGAAGCAGCACUGCCGGAAGCAGCACAGCAAACUGCUCGACCAGCAACACAGCAGGUAGCAUUGCUGGAAGUAGCAGAUCAAGCAGCACUGUUGGCAGCAGCACAGAAAGCAGCACAGCUGUCAAUGCUGCAAGCAACAUAGCAAUAUGCUCAACCAGACGCAGCUAUGCGAACCAUGCAACCAGCAACAGGGCAGGCAGCACAACUAAUCAAGCAACAAGCAGCACAGCUAACCUUGCAGCAAGCAGCACAAUUGUCAACACAGCAAGUAGCACAGCUAACCAUGCAGCAGGCAGCACGGCUAACAACACAGCAAGUAGCACAGCUAACCAAGCAGCAAGCAGCAUGGAUAACAACAAAGCAAACACCACAGCUAAACAAGCAGCAAGCAGUAAGGCUAGAUGUAAAACGGCCAAAAGCAGAACACCAAGCAAACCUGCCUGCAGCACAGAUAACCAAGUGGCAAACAGCACAGCCAAUCAAGGAGCUAGCGGUUCAGCCAACCAAGAGCCAAGCAAGAAAAAAGCCAACAGCAAGGCUAGAAACACAUCGGCCAGAAGAAGAAUGAUCUUCAUUACACCCAGCAACUUGGAAAGCAGCUCAACCAAACAGGCAGUGCGCAACAUGGCUAACUUAGCAGCUAGCAUUACAGCCAGCCAAGCGUCUAAUUUAGUGGCAAGCAGCAAAGACCUUAAAGCAGCAAACAGCACAGCCAAUCAAGUGGCGAGCAGCAAUGCCAAACAAAAGGCUACAAACAGCCCAACCAGAAGUAGAAUAAUCUUUGCUACAGCCGGCAACAUGGAGAGCAGCACAGCCAAUGAGAUGGGAAGCAGCAUGGCUCACUUAGCAGCAAGCAGCACAGCCUACCAAGCGGCAAGCAACAUGGCUCACUUAGCGACAAGCAGCACAGCCAACCAAGCAGCAAGCAGCAUGGCUCACUUAGCGACAAGCAGCGCAGCCUACCAAGGAGCAAGCAGCACAGCCUACCAAGGAGCAAGCAGCAUGGCUCACUUAGCGACAAGCAGCACAGCCAACCAAGCAGCAAGCAGCAUGGCUCACUUAGCGACAAGCAGCGCAGCCUACCAAGGAGCAAGCAGCACAGCCUACCAAGGAGCAAGCAGCAUGGCUCACUUAGCGACAAGCAGCACAGCCCACCAAGGAGCAAGCAGCACAGCCUACCAAGCAGCAAGCAGCACAGCCAACCAAGCAGCAAGCAGCUCGGCCAGAAUGGGAUCGCUCGUCAUAACAGCUGACAACAUGGCAUGCAACAAUAGAAAAAGCCCGUCCAUCAGAUGCAGCCAAAGCAAAGGAAACCGGGCAUCCAAGAAGGGAGGGGGGAGCGGGAGGGAGGGGGAGGGGCAGGGUCAUAACUAA